UUCAAGGCCUGGGCCUGGAUCAUCGAACCACUCACGCCAACCUUGGUUGCCUGCCGUGCUCGUGCGAUCUUGAUCCACUUGCGUAGUUUCUCUUCCACUUCGUCGUGUACCGGCUUCGGGGCGCGACGGGCGUCCUGGUUAAGCACCAUGUCGCGGACUUUCUCAAGCUCAGCGAUUUUCUCCGGGUUCAUCAACUUGCUGAUGUACGAAGUACCGACGUUCCACUUUGCAGCAACCAUGCUCCUCUUAGCCCCCCCCUGGACCUCCUUGNCCCGCGGCGCCUCCGCCGCCCAGCCCCGCGGCACCUGCGCCGCCCCCCCGCGCGAUGCGUUGAGGCCGUUUUCCCUUCCUUGCAGUCUCUGA